AUGGAUCCAGAUGAUAGAUGUCGAAUCCACAAGUGUAUCUGUGACUACCUCGGAUUUGAAACCUCACCCCUGGAAUCGCCAAGAUCCCGUGCAAUGGCACGAGUUCCACGAUCAAAGCUCUCGUUGCAGCCCAGUGUGCUCGUUAUGGCAUCAGGGACCAGAGGUGAGCGGAAGGCUUCCUUCUGGAAUAAUGAGGAAUCGGUGAAAAUGACCCUCUCGCAGGAGGCGAAAGAUGAGCGAAUACAAUUAUUUAUGAAAUAUUUCGAUGCGAAAGCAAAUGAAAAAAUAAGGGAAAUGGAACAAUCUUUUGGAAAAUUAAUGGACAUGGUUGGUAGUGUCUUGACUGUUUACUUGUUAAAGAUGCCAGCAGCAAUCAAACGAAUAAAGCUAAAGGAUUUCCUUGGAAAAAUGUAUGGAAUUGCAGAAUAUGAUUUAACAGAUGGGCGAAGUCUCUUUAUCAUGAGGAACAGAUCAAAUUGCAACUGCUGCUGUGAUGGCAAAGCUCCAGUGUCUUCCAAUUCUAAAGUGGAACUCGUAGAAUCAAAAUGCAAAGCUAAGCUGACUACUGCAAAAUGUUGCACGGUUCCAAAAAUACCUCAAACUAAGCCCAAAUCAGGUUCAUUCCCCAACUGUGACAAAGAAACCCUUUUUACAAGUGGUCCAAUAUUGCGCACCAAGGCAGCUUCAGUUCAAGGAGCUGCAUCAAAGAAGUCAUCUGUUAGUGACAAAAAAUCUGGACGAAAAGUACAGAAAUUUUCAUAUCCUUCAGCAUCUGUGGAUAAGGCACUGCCUUUUAUUAAGAUACCUUUGGCUGAUGGGCAGGCAAUCAGUGCAGUUGGUGAGGAAGUAAACAAUAUAGAUGUGCAGUCACUUGAUCCACAUGCUCUUCAGGGUAUCCAGUUGCUAGUGACCCGACUAACUGCCUUGUGUGAAAAGGCCAAAAAUAGUGCAAAACAUGCCAACAGCCUAUGAACAAUUCCUGCUGAGAUUUUUUUAUUUUAGUAGCAGCUUGGAUUUUAGGAUUCAUGUGUGUAUAUAUCUACAUUAAAGUUUUAAUCUGUUAUGGAA